AUGGUUGUCGAAUCAGAAGAAGUUCGCCAUGAGUCAUCUGAAGAAUACGACUCUGAAGAAUACGAAGAUGAUGACGAGGUGCUCGAUACUGAGCACAUAGAUGUGGAACUGGAAGAAGAUGAUUUCAAGACACAGGAUUCACAUAUGAAACAACUCAAUGAUUACAAUGACACUAUUGAACAAGUUCUUCCUAUGUCUAUGGAAGAGGAGUAUCCACCUCAGACAGAGACACAAGAUGGGGAUGAAGAAAAUAUCCCUGAGACACAACCAGAAAGUGAGGAAGAAGAAGAAGGCAUUAAUGACACCCAUGAAUUACCAGUACACCUUAGGAUUGUGAAAAAAAGAAGGCCCUCUGAGAGGAUUGUUAAAACCAAGCUGAAGAAGAUGGGAUGUGUUGGGACUUCUUCAAAUUCACCAUUGGAGUUGGAUUAG